AUGUCCCUCGACGGCCUUCGUGAUGCGUAUUCCAGGGAGAAAAAGAAUGAAAUACAGAAAUGUGAGCUUUCGCGCAAGCGCAAGCUGCGGGAGCUCUACAACUACACCAGGCUGCUGAAUGUGGGCCACCCUCCCCGUCCCCAGGACUUCAUCAUCAGUGAUGACCCGUCCGAGAUUGAGAGCCGCUUCCUCGAUGAAAAUGAAAUAGCUAAGGGACGCCGCUUCAACGAUUCAACUUUACUGUACUCUCCACAGAACGCAACAUUACCCACAACAUUACCUUUCCAACCACCAGUCAAAUCUCUUCCAGGUGCUUUAAAAAUACAAAGCGCAACACCCACCCUCCCUUCCGGCGCGCCUGCCAGCCUUGAGGAACAGCUGCGCGCCGCCUCAGCGUCUCCAUCCGUCUCAACUCAACCUUUGCCUUCUGUAGAGGGCCGACCAGACUGCCUAACGCCAGGCUCCGCGUUACCAUCUAAGCCUCGUAUAGAUUCAACGACCAAGCAAGAGGUGGAUGUCGCUGGUCCUUUCACGAAAGAGGAGGCACCUAAUGGCUCCAAUGUCGAGACGCAGCAACCCAUCAACGCGAACGAGACUGCAACUCAGAAUGGCGACAAACAACUCGAGCAUCUUACCACGCCCUCAGUAGACCCAAGGAAUAAUACACAAUCCAACGUCGAUACCGUGGAGGAUGGACCGGACGUCACGCCAGGAGAUGGACCGAGAACUCCCCAAGUGGAGCACCUACCAUCGAAAGAGAUCCAAGAUACCAAGCAUAAGGAGACGGAACGCAAGCUGGACAAGUCUAAAGAAAAGGAACGGAAAGAAGACGAACGACUCGCGCUUCCAAAUGGUAAUGGUAACGAUGUCGUAUCCUCACCAUCGUCGACUGUCGGUCCCUAUUCCCAGGCUACACCUCAUGCGCCACACCACUCCCCAGACACAAGUCCAGACAGCGAAUCAUUCCGCGAUCGACCACAAGCUGCCGCACCGGAUGGGGUUGUUGAAGAUCCGGAGGCACAGAAGGCGAAGGAAGAUCACGAAAGCGCAUUACAAUUGCAGCUGCAAGAAGCGAGACAAAGAGCUCGUGCACGUAGCUCGGAGACUCCUGAUGUUGAACGGCAGAUCGAAAACGAGCAGGCAAUACGGCUGGCUAGAGAUGGAAAUACUCGUCAAAGCGAGUCGCAACCGGCCCCUGGAACUCGAGCAUUAACAGAGCAUGCGGAAGAGGUUGUGCAAGAGGCAGCGGCAACGAUGGAUGUGAAGCUCAAAGAAAAUGAAAUGUUGCGAGAUGCUGCAGUGGACUCUUUGCCAACGCCUAGAACAAUCGCACCCGAGCCAUCUGGUCUCGACUCUGAGAGUGCCGAAAGCGUUCCUGCCAGGCCACAGCAGUCCAACGACGCUCGCGUAGAACAUCCUACUCCGCCUGCUGACGUCGAUGUUGACAUGGACGACACUCCAAUACCGUCUAAAGAGAAAGAGCACACUUCGGCUCACCAAACGUCGCCUUCCGUACAGAAGUCUGGCAGUUCAUCUAAUCUCAUUGGCAGUAGAGCAUCUUUACCAGACGCCGCCGAAAAUGUGGUAAUCAAAUCAGAUCCGUCACCAUCAAGCAAUAUCAUUGCCUUGACCAGGACCGAGAAGACUACUCAUACCGACCAGAAGCGUAAGGAGGUAUCCACUGUCAUCUUCGCCAAGCCAGAUUCUACGCGGCUUUCGAAAGCAGUACAAUUGUACAGUGAGGAUUAUGCCUCGUUACAGGGUGCAUCCGAGGACUCUAACCGGGACUACCUGCAAGGCCUGUUCAAAUUCCAAGCCCAUCAUCCCCCCAGGUCUCAACCCCUUGGGGAACUUGUUCAGUCUGCUCGCAAGACAUUGUCCACGGCAGGGACUUUGGCGAUGCUGCGUGAAACGCAGGACUACAAAAUUCUCAAACGGGUCUACCAAUUGCAGAAUGCUAAUCGAUGGUCUUUGAGACAACUUCAGAAGUCCGCCGAGCCUGCUCGUCCAACCUCGCACCUGGACCACCUGCUUAAGGAAAUGAAGUACAUGCAAACUGACUUCAAAGAAGAACGGAAGUGGAAGCAUGCACUUGCCUCGACCUUUGCGAACUGGUGCGCCGAGUACGUUAAUAGCAGUUCUACGGUUCAAGCCCAAUUACGUAUACGAGCUCGCAUUCCCGAACAAGCAGAACACGCAAGCCAUGGCGAUGCUGAUAUGAAUGAUGCCCCGACGCCUGAUUUGGUCCACUCAGGGGCCAAUGAAACCGAAAGCGAAUCGUUUGCCGAUGACGACGAACUUUUGUCGCCUUUGGGAUCAAAUCCACCUGCUGGUCUUUUCUCCUUGGGUUUCGGCGACGUCGUAAUGAAAUUCAAGCGAACCCCAGCCAGCGAGACGAUGCUGCAGGAACUUCCGUUUUAUGAUCCACAAUUGGAAGAUGCCACUGAUAUCACGCCUGUCUCGUUCUGCGACCCUGCAAUACUCCCAGUCUCGAAGUUCGUAACCGGAAAGCUUGUCUCGAAGAUUGUUGGACCUCCCCGUAAGCGAAGCCGAUACGAAUUCGACUUGGACGAGGAGCCUUCGACUCCACCGAGCCGUUCGGGUGGUACUUCUGCAGAACAUUCGAUGCCAUCGACUCCUGGUCGUCGACUGUUCCAUCGCAAUGAUCUCAAUCCCGAAAUGACUGACGUCGCUCUCUUCAACCCGGAGAAUAAGCAUGUCCGUGACCGUCUCCAAGCUGCUCACCAGUUUAGGCCACCCACCGAGUUCCUCAUGCCACCAGUGAGUUUCUUUGAAAGUAGGAACUCUUCGCAAUGGCUAUGGGAAGAAGAUCAGAAGCUGCGAAGUUUCGUCAAAGAAUACACUUUCAAUUGGUCUUUGGUCGCUCAAGAACUCACAUUGCCUUCGCAGUAUGUUUCUGCGUCUGGGCGACGAACGCCAUGGGAGUGCUUCGAACGUUGGGUUCAAUUGGAGGGACUACCUGCGGAAAUGUCGAAGACCCCGUACUUUAGGACAUAUCAGAACCGACUCGAGCAGGCGCAGCGAACUGUGACUGCCCAGCAUCAAGCUCAGCAACAAAUGAUCCAGCAGCAAGCUCAACAAGGCCAGAAUCAAGCCACUUCUGGACAGGUGCGCAGACGAACAACCCAUCCUAUCCGUGUGGAGAGGAGACGGGACAACCGCCACCUCUCUAUCAUUGAUGGAAUGCGGAAGCUCGCUCGAAAACGAGAAUCUGCUGCGCACAAGUCUUCAGAAGCAGCUAAGGCCGCAGCUCUUCGCAAAGCGGCUGAGCCUGCACAACCCAAGAGCAACGUGCAGACACCACAAGAAUGGAGCCGCAUGAAAUGGGAGCGCGAAGAGAAGAUGAAGCAAAAGAUGCAGGCACAACAGGCACAUCAGGAGAUGCAGAUGAGGGCGGCAAUGGCUGCUGCCCAAGCACAACGUCAAGUUGGAAUGCAGGGACAGCCAGGCAUGGCCAAUGGCAUGAAUCAACAGCAGCAACAACAGCAGCAGCAGCAGCAGCAGCGUACUGGCACUCCCAACAACAAUGUGAAUAUGCCAAACCAGCUACCCAACCAAGUUGCUCAUCAAGGGGUUCCAACGCCAAAUGGUGGCAUGCCAAAUCAGCAAAUGCCUCGACAGCAGCCCAUGCAGGGCAACUUCCCUAACAGCAACAUGGCCGGCAUGGCGAUGAACAAUGCAGGAGUACCUCAGGCACAGAUGCAAGCUACGAUGCAGAAUUCGCAAAGAAUGCCUCCUCCUGAUCAAGUUCGCAUGGCAAUGCAAAGAGGACAAUUCCCUAAUAGCAACCAACAGCAAUUCCAGCUGCAGCAACAACAGAUCAACAUGGCCAGCAAUCUAACUGCUAGUAUGGGCAUGGGCAACAAUAUGCCUAACGCGAAUAUGCUUGCAAACAUGGCCGGCCAGAAUAUGAACGGGAACCUUAAUGUCGCUAUGAACGGCAUGAAUAACAUGAACGGCAUGAAUGGUAUGAACAACAUGAACGGCAUGUCCAACAAUGCUGGGUCGCCACGCCUGAACCAGCCUCAGAUGCAGAAUCCGGCUCGCUCUCUAUCAAGCGGCCACGUGCCACAUUUGCUGCAGAUGCAGAAUAACAUCAAAGCUCAAUAUCCAGACUGGACCCCAGAGCAGGUCUCAAAAGCAGCCUCCGAGCAGCUUACUCGUAUCAUGGCCAAGCAGCAGCGUGCCCAAGCCAUGAAUGCCGCUGCUGGUGCAGCCUCUGGCAUGGCUUCUUCUCCACAACUCGGCAACAACAUGUACCUUCAAAAUAAUGGCAUGCAGAAUAAUGGCGUCCCCAACUCCCCUUCGCCAAACGCUGUACAGAAUUAUCAGAACCAGCUCCUCCAGCAGCAGCGAAUGAUGAGCCAACAACGGCCCGGCGCAGGCAGUCCUAGCAUAAACGCCGCACGACCAGUCAGUCGAAGCGCGACACCACAAAACCCGCAACUAGGCAUCCAAAGCCCUGGCCCACAGCAACAACAGCAACAGGCCCCAACGGCUAGGAGCCAGUGA